GCUCGCCAGCGUCACUCUCACUUUCAGGAAUCAAUAGACAUCGCAGCGCCCAAAGAAGGUUCUACCUGAGGGAGAAAUUGAAGAAAUCGAUUCCAAAGAGCCAUCGACUGGCACUGGUAAAUUAUGGAACUUACCCCUUUCUCUAAGGGGCUAUGGACAGGUGACAAUAAAUUUCUGCAACAUCACUUCACUGACAUAUUAACAAGUGUGCACAUAACCCGGGAGAUCCCUGAAGAUGCUGUUUUCGGUCCCUGCAUCCUCCAGAACAACUUUUACGACACAAUCGCGUUCAUUGCCUUGAAGUCUUCAGAUCGGAGAUGUGUUCCCUAUGUGUUCCGGGUGGAUGUAACUACGUUGAAUAGCUCCACGGAUGGGUUGUCUUGGUUGCGGCUGGUACAAGCGGCGAACAACACCAAGGAGCAGAACCUGGAGGCUUACCUGAAGAGCGGACAACUAUAUUAUCGCUCUACGCGGAGGAUUAGAAAGGACGAGGAGCUCUUCGUGUGGUACGACAACGAACUCUCCACGCUCCUCGGCUUCACUGAUAUCAAAACUCAUACUGGCUCAAACACAUUCAGAUGCACGGACUGUGGCCAGGAACUGAAGUAUGAAAAUCCAUAUCUGGCCCACGUUCGAUUCUUUUGCGGGAAGAGGAAGGAUUAUCUCUGGCGAGAUUUUCAGACCCUUGGCUUUGGUCACAGUGGCCUUUUUAAAGAUCCUUCCAAGAAUGCUGAGCUCAAAGAUAAGAGCAAAGUGACCAACUUUCAUAGGAUCGCCCAUGACUUGGAACAUUCUAGGAAGAAAUCAAUGGCACAGGACGAGGAACGGCCGUCCUCCGAAAAGCACCCCAACAAGCGGAAACUAGAAGGUGUAGAGGACAACAAAAGCAGGAAAACGGUCUUAUUGGAGAAAACAAAUAACCUGGUGUGCGUCCAGAACGGAAUUUCUAAAGAUGAGCCAAGUGUUUUCCCGACGCUUGCGGUUUCUGUUUGGAAGCUUAGUUCUGAUAAGUAUUUAUUGAAGAAGGAUUCAUCGGAGCAUAAAGCAAGUGCAUUUACUGAGGUUCGUCGACAGCGUGAAAAAGCCAAAGCUGAAAAAUUAGAGGGCAGUGCUAAAGAUGAAACCCCUGACCUGACCAGGAAGGUGGGUGCAAGAACAGAGGUGGUUAUCAGUUCCCAUGGCAGCGCCUUCUCCUCAGUUUUACCGUCUGGUGUUAGAGCAGAUGAGCAGAAGAGUGCAUUCUGUCAGCCCUGCAGACGAACCGGGGAAGGGACCCCUUUGCUUCUGAGCCAUGCUACUGCUGAGGUCACCGGGGAUUUAUCUGAUUCUACCGCUACCAGUCAUCUCCUGGGUCCCACUAAUUUGCUAAACUCAAAAUCUGUUAGCACGGAUCUUGGCAAUUCUCACAUAUUACACGCAAGUGUUGCAACCGGCAGCCCGCUUUUAUACCCCUCUGACAUGUGGCCAAAACCGGUUGGCGUUCAACUCCAAUCCACGUCCUCGCUGACGCUGCUCCCGCCGUCCUACACGUCCUUUGGGGUUUCUGCUCAGAACUGGUGCGCCAAGUGCAACGCGUCCUUUCGAAUGACUUCAGACCUGGUGUUUCACAUGAGGUCUCACCACAAAAAAGAGUACGCAACCGACUACUUGAACAAGAGAAGGCGAGAGGAAAAGUUGACAUGCCCGAUAUGUAACGAGUUUUUUAGAGAGCGCCAUCAUCUAUCUCGACACAUGACAUCUCACAAUUGAGUUGUGGAUUAAAACUGAAGGGAGUGAAUUUUAAAGGUUUCCCGACAGUAUGACCAGAAGAAGCUGGGAUGGAAUUCCUCAAGAAACUGUUUUCACUGCAGAAGAGAUUGAGCUCGUCUCACGGGCAAUAUUACAGCAGGAGGGAGAAGCAGUCUUAAAUAUAAAAAAAACAAACUUGCAAUCUAUUUAGGCAAUAAGAUAUAUUAGAGUUAUGUAAAGGUACCAUUGACAUUAAAGGUUGUACUUGUAGGAUAAUCGGUUUGAUCUGGCAAUGAAUUAACUGUGCACCCCAUGGACCAUCCAUGAUAACAAAUUCCUGCUUUUGAAUCUUUGUAAACUUAGAGUAACGAACAUGGAUUCUUGCAGUUGAUACAACGACCUUCAACCUAUAUAAUUAUUUCUGUUUGAUAAUU